UGCAGGAAGAGCGCCUCACCACUCGGGGCUGGAGAUUUGAAGCAGCGUCAUUUUACGCAGCCGUUCCAGCGCUUAAAGAGCAGCCACUCUCCGACAGAGCUUUGAUAUACUUUUCUCCGCGCUACAGAGAGACGUUGAGGAAUCAUGGCAAGAACCAAGCAAACCGCUCGUAAAUCUACCGGAGGCAAAGCCCCCAGGAAGCAGCUUGCUACCAAGGCCGCUCGCAAGAGCGCUCCCGCUACCGGUGGCGUCAAAAAACCUCACCGCUACAGGCCCGGUACCGUGGCUCUCCGAGAGAUCCGUCGCUACCAGAAAUCCACUGAGCUCCUCAUCCGCAAGCUGCCCUUCCAGCGCCUGGUCAGAGAAAUCGCUCAGGAUUUCAAGACCGAUCUUCGCUUCCAGAGCUCCGCCGUCAUGGCGCUGCAGGAAGCUAGCGAGGCGUACCUGGUCGGCCUCUUCGAGGAUACUAACCUCUGCGCCAUCCACGCCAAGAGAGUCACCAUCAUGCCCAAAGACAUCCAGCUCGCUCGCCGCAUCCGCGGAGAGAGAGCUUAAACACUGACCCAU